AGUGCACACGACCAUGGCGUCCGCGUGCGCGCAGAGCGUGUUUGGCUUCGGUGCUGAUCUCGACCGACGACCCACCAUAUUCGUGCCUGCAUUGGCUUCCGAAAGCUUGUGCUCGUUGUGUGGCCUGUUGCCCGCAACGUCCUUCAUGCUGCCCUGCAUGCAUCUACUGUGCGGAUCGUGUUUCUACCAGUACCGCCAAAUUAGCGACCAUUGCCCCCUGGACAAGCGAGUCUUCAGACAGGAGGAAGUGGCUCCCAUGCUCAUCAAUAAGGAAGCCAUCCUCGGCUGCAGGAUACGCUGCUGGAACGCGGGCAACGGUUGUGGCGCCGAGGACGCCGUCUCCGUCAUGCUGGACCACUUUGCCAACGCCUGUAUGUUCCACACCGUGAACUGCCAGAAGUGCGGCGAGAAAAUACUGCAUCGGGAACUACCGGGUCACGUGAUGUCUGGCUGCGCAGCCACCUGCUCUCCUGCAAGGUACGAUAAGGGCACCCUUGCUGCCAGUUUUCCCUACACCAGCGAAAUGCUCGAAAAGACGUCGCAAGAGAACGCUUCUACGCAGACGGGGCUAGCAUCGAUCGUGUUGCGCAUUCACGAAAUGAAGAAGAUGAUGGAUCACCUGUCGGCGACUAUAUGCCAUAUGACAGCUGAAGCCGGCCGAAUCAAGGGCACCACGUGGGGUCCUCAGAUUGUUGCCUGGAUCAGUGAAAUAGAAGAUUUCAUCUUAGAUGACAACGCUUACAUUCAGCGGCUCGACCUGUGCGCACGUGGCUGUUUCGUGGACUGA